GGAGAAUGUGGGGUGGGAAGAGAAGACCCAGGGAGAAGGUAGCCGUAAUUCUCCAGCGAGAAGCGUAACUGGACCUCCUAGAAGAAUUGCAUGCGGCGUUAACCACUCCGGUAACUCAUGGCUUCAGAAUCAGAUCAGAAGACAGAAGAUCGCAUCGCCAUGCUUGCCAAACCAAAAGUCUGCCACCAAAUCAUCUUCGACAGGCCUACAGUUUACUGGACAGAUAAACUGCCCUCUUCGGUGUAUCAUCGAUUCACCAUUCCAGUCUUGACUCCCCGACAGGAGGCUCUGUCCCGAUGCAAAAUGGUGAAUGUGUACUACCAGGAAGACAGGAGGCCCCUGCGGCCCGUGACAAGUGCAGCUCUGAGAGCAGAGGCAACGCCCAGACUGAAGGAACUGGCACAGCCCCGAUCUUGCACGGACGUCUGGGAGUUAAACCGUCCCCUUUACCCCUUGGUGAGUAAAGGAGCACUGUCUGCCAUUCCCUCCGAAAGAAUCCUUGCUCUGGCCAAACCGAAGCAACUGCCGACCCCUUCCAGCAAGCCACACAGAAAAGGCUUGCAUGGGCCCAUUGCUAGGAUUGCAAGGUUCGAUGACCUCGCCAAACCCCGGACAUACACUUUUGAUGUGCGUAAUCCAUAUAAGAUUUCCAAGGCUGCUCUUGAAUACGUCGCCAGCCCUCGCAUUCUUGAAAUAAGCCGUCCGGCAAGAGUGAGAGCGAAAGUGGCUCCUCAUUGAUGUUGACCAACUUGGGAAACUGAUUAAAGUGCCUUGCACCCCUUCAGAGCACUAAUUUGAGGGUGAUAUUUCAACCAUUUGGAAUGCUUCUUCGCUGGUGGUCUGGUUGGUUAGGUGGAACUUGGGGCCUGCUGCAUCUCUGGGUGGAGGGAAUAGAUUUUACCACAACUUUGAUACUGGGCUAGGUUUACGCAUAAUACAGAACCUACUUGCAAAGUCAGUAACUGACUUGUCUGUGACUAUCUGAACCCACGCCAAGGUCACGCUGAUA